AUGAAUCAAUGGUUAGUGGAAUACAGUACUGUUGACCCUUUGUUGACCUCCUCCUCCUCUCCUUUCUCUCUAUUGGAUGACGAUGACAAUGACGAUGAGGACCGGAAUCGAGUUACUUCUGUUCUUCUAAAACAAACAAACAAUAGUAAACAGCAAAUGUCUAUUGAAAGUAAUAAUAACAAUAAUAAUAACAACAACAAUCAACACUAUAUUGAUGAAGAUGGAGUGGCACUCAUUGGUAUUGGAUGUCGAUUCCCUGGUGGGUCGACAACACCUCAACAAUUCUAUGACCAGUUGCUGGGUGGACUGGAUGGUAUUUCAAGUGUGACGGCUGAGCGUUGGUCAAAGUCUUUCCAAGACCAAGGGUUUGUUGCGACCGAGCGUGGAGGGUUCUUGGAUUGGUCUCAAUGGACAAACUUUGACAACUCGUUCUUUGGUAUUCUUCCCAAGGAGGCUACACUGGUUGAUCCCCAAGUACGAUUGUAUCUGCAGGUUAUUUGGGAAGCUUUGGAAGAUGCUCAUAUUGACCCAGCCACUAUAAGAGGGAGCACAACCUCAACAUUCCUCGGCCAAAUGUACGACUCUAUCUUGAAUAUGCAAAACAGAGAUCUGACGACAAUGAGUCAUUCUGCUCGUUUUGGUAGGUCUGACUCGUCGAUCAAGGCAUCGUAUCAUUAUGAUUUCCGUGGAGAGUCGAUUGCUGUCGACACGGCCUGCUCGUCGUCGAUGAUUGCCAUCUUGAUGGGUGUGGACACUAUUCGUAGUGGAAAGAGUGACAUUUCCAUCGUCGCCGGUGUCAAUGCCACCCUUGAACCAACUGUGUCAACGGCCUUCACCUAUAUGAACAUGCUUGGCAAAAAGGGUCUGUGUGCAUCUUUUGACGAAUCGGCUGAAGGAUACGCACGUAGUGAAGGGCUGGGAGUACUCAUUCUCAAACGUCUCUCCAAGGCAAUUGCUGACAAUGACAACAUCUACUGUGUCGUCAAGGGUGGUAGCAGCAACGUCGACGGUAACUUUGACAAACCGUCUCCUUCAGCACCAUCGGCAGCUGCUCAAGAGGUAAACACUCGCCAAGCACUCAAGAAUGUCGGUCUCACCCCAUCCGAUAUCUACUAUGUCGAGUGUCACGGCACAGGGACACCCACAGGUGAUCCAAUGGAAAUGUCAUCAAUCACCAAGAUCUUUAGAGGAUCGCAUACCAAGGAUGAACCACUUCGCAUUGGAUCGGUCAAGAGUAACAUUGGACACACUGAAAGUGCUGCAGCCGUUGCAUCGCUCAUCAAAUGUGCCAUGAUGAUCAAAAACAAAAUGUUGGUAAAGAAUAUUAAUUUCAAAAAACUCAAUCCAAAGAUUGAUCUAUUGGAUGGUGAAAUUAAAAUCGUCUUGGAAAAUGAACCAAUCCCAACCUACUAUGAUGAUAAACUCAUUAGAAUGGGUAUUAAUUCUUUUGGUAUUACUGGUAGUAAUUCUCAUUUAAUCAUUGAAGAGUUUAAAUCAAACAAAUUGCAUCAAGAAGAAAAUAAUAAUACAAUUGAAAAGAUUGAUUAUUUAAUACCAUUUUCAGCAAAUACAAAGAAAUCAAUGGAUAAAUAUAUUGAAUUGGUCAAAAAUAAUAUUGAUGAUUACAAGGAAAAGGUUAGAUUUGAAGAUUUUGUCAAAACACAAUCACUUAAAACAAGACAUCCUUCAUGUCAAAAGGUGAUUGUUGCAAGUGACUGGGAAUCAUUCAAGGAAUCUAGUCGUAUCUAUGAGAGACAACAAACAUUUGCUUCCAACAUGUCACAAUUAAACAAGAAAAAGGUUCCACAAGUAGUCAUGGUAUUUUGUGGUCAAGGAGCUCAAUGGAAUGGAAUGGGUGAGAAACUGUAUGCCAAUGAAAAGGUAUUCCGUCAAGCAGUCGAUCAAGUCGAUCAAAUCCUUUCUCAGCACUAUCAAUAUUCAAUCAUUGCCAAGUUGAGACUUGCAGACUCUCAACAGAUUCAUCAUCCAAUCCUUGCUCAACCAUCAACCUUUAUCAUUCAAGUUGCUUUGGUUCAAUUGUAUAAACAUUUUGGUGUUAUUCCUCAAAUUGUUAUUGGUCAUAGUUUUGGAGAUGUAACAGCAGCAUGGUGUUCUGGAAUUAUAUCAUUAGAAGAAGCAUGUAGAAUUGUUUAUGUUAGAAGUGUAGCUCAAAAUGAUACGAUUGGUAGUGGUAGAAUGUUAUCAGUGUCAUUGUCGGUUGAACAAUACAAUGAGAGAUUCCAAUCAUCAUCAUCAUCAUCAUCAUUUGAUGAUAUUUCAAUUGCAUGUUAUAAUUCAGCUGAUUCAAUUGUAUUGGCUGGUAAUGAAGAACAACUUGGAUCAAUUGAUCAACAACUAAAGAAUGAUAAUAUCUUUAGUGCAUUCCUUGGUACACCAUGUGCAUUCCACACUGAUAAACAAGAUGCAACAAAGGAGUACAUUUUUAGUCAAUUGGAGCAUAUCAACUAUCAACAAUCGACACCCAGUAUCAAAUAUUAUUCAACUUCAACCUCUCAAUUAAUCAACUCAUCAACCGGGUUUAAUGCUCAAUACAUAUUUGAUAAUCUCAGACACCCAGUAUUAUUCCAACAAUCAAUCGACACUAUCAUUGCAAAUGAACACAAUACCAACAACUCUUCAUUUGUAUAUUUAGAGAUUGCACCACAUACAACAUUAUCAUUUUAUUUAAAGACAUUAUUAUCUGGACAACCACAAGGUUCAGUAACCAUCAUGUCACCAUUAAAUAGAAAAAAGGAUGAGGUUGAAUGUAUUCAAUCAUGUCUGUCACACCUCUAUUUUGGUCAUGUCAAUGUUGAUUUCUUCAAUCAAGUAUCAUCAUCAAGUGAUAACGAGUGGAAGGAUAGAUCAAGAUUAUUGCCACGUUAUCAAUGGGAUGCAGAGUAUCACUGGGAUGAACAAAAGUCAUACGCCAAGAUUAGAUUGGGAGGUGUGUCAACCACGAUCCUCGGUAUUCGAGAGAGUCCAUCAUUGUAUGUGUACGAGGCAGGUAUCGAUGUCAAUAGACCAUCUUAUCAAUAUCUCAAGGGUCACAAAGUAAAGGGAAAAUACUUGUUCCCAGGUACCGGUUACAUUGAGAAUAUCCUUACUGCAUGGCCUGGUAAAGAUGUAACCAUUCACAACCUCAACUUUAUCAACCCAUUCUUCCUCAAGGAGGGUGUUGAAUCCAAGCUAAAGACAACGUUUACAAGUUAUUCGGCGACAGAGUUUCAAGUCAGAACAGAGUUUCUCGAUAAUGCAUCGUCGAAAUGGAUCAAAGCAUCGGUUGGUAGAAUAUCUGUUCGCAAUCCAUCUACGCCAGAGGCAAAGUACCCAAGUGUCGAGCAACUCCGCAAGGACACGUACAAUGUCGCUACAAGAACACCAACAGACGUCUAUGACAAGCUUAUCAAACUGGGUCUACCCUAUGGAGAGACAUUUAAAAGAGUGUUGCAAAUCCAAUUAAACAAGGAUAGAGGAAUGUUAUCAGAGGUUGAUGUGCAACCAAGAAACCACUUUGAAGAGGAAAACACAGUCUUUAAUGCAUCGAUAUUGGAUUGUAUUUUACAUUCAGGUCUCACCAACUUCCAAGGUGAAGGUCCAAAUUCAGAAAAGGUAUUUGAAGGUGUCCAAGGAGCUCAAUUCUUUGCCAACAAUAUACCAAAGUGUGGUACCGUAAAGUCAUUGUUUAUUAUUUCAAAACGUGGAUCACAAAACAUACAAAGAGGAAAUGAACAUAUUGCCAGAGGUUAUGAUAUCAUCGAUCAAGAUGGUAAUAUCUUGGCCAAUUGUGGUGACCUCAUCACUACCUCUCUUACCAAAGUUUGUAAAACACACCAAGCCAAGUUCCCAGCAAAACAAAUCAAAGAAUCAGUAACUCAACCAAAGAAUUCACCGUCUCUAGUACUCUUUAAUCAGGAGGAUAAUGUCGUUUCACUUGUUCAAUCAUUUAUAGAGUCUUCCAAAUCGUCGUCACACAAGGUUAUUAGAAUAUUAAAUUGUAUGGAGCAGGGAAAUGAAAUAUUGGCAUUUGAUAUAGCUGCCAUGAUACAAGCAUCAUUGGAAAAUGAUAACAAUAUCGCCGUCGUAGAUUAUAAUUUAAUUGAUCGUGUUGGUGAUAUGGACUCUUAUUUCCCGAAUUUCAUACAUGAUGACAAGAUAUCAAUGAAACUAACCAAAGAUAUUGAUUUUGGUGAAAAAUUGACAGACCAAGGUUUCUUGUCAUCUUGUUAUGAUUUAAUCUUAACAACUAUUGGUGAUUUAAAACAACCACAUCAACAACAACAACUACAACAACAAUUCCACCAAUUAUUAAAUCUAAAUGGUCAUUUAAUUAUUUUAAAUCAAAAACAAACAGCAGAUCAAAUAGUUGAUGAAUCACAAUCAGAGAAUAUUAAUAAUAAUCAAUUGGAAGAAAUCAAAUCAAAUUUAAUUGAUUUUAUUCAUGUAUACCAGAAUAAUAAUUUGUUGGUUUCAAGAAAAAAGAGUAUUUUUGAAAUGGAAUUGGAAAAGAUUGAUCAUAUUUUAUUUAUUACUCCUUCUUCUUCUUCUUCUUCUUCUUCUUCAUCCCCUUCAUCUGAAGAAAUUCAACAAUUAUCAACCAAAUUAAUUCAACAAGCCAAUUUAAUUACCCUAGAUAUUUCAUUCUUUUCAUCAAAUGAUAUUAUGGAUGAUAAUAAGAAUCAACAACUCAUCGAUGCAAUUGGAUAUUGUAGUAGUGAAAACAAAAAGGUUGUUAUUUUGGACAUAAGUACAUUGGACCCAAUGAAUGUUGAUAAUUUGGUAUCAAAAUCUAUGGAAUACCUACGUCUUCAACAAAUCAUUAGAAGAGAGAAAUUACAAAUCAAAUUAAUAUCUCUUCGUACUAGUACGUUGAAUGAUUGUUUGUCACCCAUUUCAAGAGAAUUCAACUUUAAAUCAGGCAGUGGAUUGUUUUCAUUUGAAUCUUUGGCAUUGUCCAUUAGCAAGGAUGCAUGCAAUCAUGUUUCAAUUAAACAGAUUCUCCAAAUUUCAAAUUACCAAGCAUUGGGAGAAGGAGAGUUUAAAUUGGAAUUGGAUGAAAAUGAAAUGGUUCAAGUCAACGUGGAAAGACUAGUCUAUGCAAGGGAUGUACUCAAACCAGACAGUCGAUUCACAGUAACUGAUCCAAAGGAAAUGGUGAUCAAGUUUGAAAAGGAUUCAAGAUACCAUCUGCGUGCCAAACAAGAGGUGUUGACUGGCGAACAAGUAGAGAUCAAGGUGAUGGCUGCAUCACUCAAUUUCAAAGAUUGUCUCAUUCUCGAUGGUGGUGUACCACAGUCAUUGUUCCCAUCGGGUGAUGUGUAUGAUCCACCAUUUGGUCAAGACUGUGCUGGUAUUGUCACUCGCGUCGGACCAAAAGUCACCAAGUUCAAGGUGGGUGACGAGGUGUAUGGUGCUGCAUCUGGUUCAUUUACCUCUCAUGUAAUAACUGAUCAGAGAAUCCUAUCAAUACCAAAGGGACUGUCAUUUGCAGAUGCUGCUUCGAUUGUCACCACCAUGGGUACUGCACAUUAUGCACUCUAUAGAAAGGGAAAUAUCGAUCCAGACGACUCUGUCAUUAUCCACAGUGCGUCGGGUGGUGUUGGGUUGGCAGCUCUCAAUAUUCUAAAGACCAUGGGACAUCGUGGAAAGGUCUUUGCAACAAUCGGGAGUGCUGGCGGUAAAAUGCAGUAUUUAAAGGAUACCUAUGGCUCGUUUAUCACAGCCAUCCUUUUAUCGUCUAAUUUCACUCAAAAUGUACUCGAUAUGACCGACGGUGAGGGUGUACAGUAUAUCCUAAACACACUUGACCACUCGCGUAUGCAAGACAAUUUUUCAGCACUGUCUCCAAGUGGAACGAUUCUUGAUUUGUCGAUUGACCAAUUUGCCAAUCUCGACAAUAUCGGUACACACAUGCUCCGUUAUCAACGUGCCUACAUUGCCAUCCACUUUUCAAAGAACCAUUACAGUUCACAAUGUGCUGUUCGGGAAAUGUUUAACCUUGGAUUACAAGUCCCACCCAUCAAAAUAUUCCCAUGCCAAGAUAUCACCAAAGCAAUGGACCUUAUGAAAUCAAGAACACAUAUUGGCAAGGUUAUUCUUGACUUUGAACAUGUGGAACGUGACCUAUUACCAUCACUCCAAAAUGCCGGCAAGUCAGAAGCAAUCAUUGAAAGACAUUCAUACGAGUUGGAUGGUGUACAAGGUACAUUGAUGAUGACUGGUCAGACUGGUGUUGCGGCCGAAUGUCUCUACUAUCUCAUCGGGCAUGCACCAAAGUUGUCCAAUAUUAUCAUUGUGACACAUUCUAAACCAAAGUUUGAAAUGCAAUGGUUGAUGCAUACCAUUCAAUCACAGAAUCCUCAUUUGACAUUACACUUUAUACAAUGUAAUAUUAGUAAUUAUGACCAACUCAGACUGUCAGUCAAACAACUGUACGAAUCAAAUACAACGAUUGAACCAGUUAAAGUACUCUUGCAUUGUGCCAAUCAGUAUAUGGCUACAACAGCUGAUGAUAUCACGUUGGAGGACCACCAACAGGCACUGUCAGCCAAGGCCAUUGGAGCGUGGAACCUUCACCAUCUCUUUGAAGAACUUGGAUGGAAGUUGAAUCACUUCCACCUCUUUUCAUCGAUGGCUCAGUAUCUUGUCAAGGGUAACACUAGUUAUGGUGUCGGUAAUGCAUUCCUCGAUGGAUUAGCUAGACAUCGUAGAGAGUGUGGAUUGGAAGGUACAGCUAUCGCUUGGGGUAGUAUAGGGUCGGCUGGACAAGUUGCCAUUCAUCAAGGUUCAAAUGCAAGUUUGAGUUCUAAUGGUCUUAUCCUACUCCCUCUAUCAUAUGUAUAUGGUGUACUGAGAUCAUCGUUUAUCAACCAAACGACACAACUCACCAGAACCAUUUGUGGCAAUGUGUCACUGAAGAAGUUUGUCGAAUCACUUCCAUUCCUCGAACACUCUCUCACCCAAUACCUCACCAUCUCCAACAAAAAGAGUAUGAUGGGAGGUGUCGACACCAACAGCAAUGAAAACAAAAUCAUCAACCAUAUCGCCGAGACACUGUCCAUUGAAAGAUCGCUGUUGUCACCCGACACCAAACUCAAAGACUACGGUGUAGAUUCAAUGGUAUCGAUCCAACUCAAAACAUGGAUCGAUCAAGAGUUUGGCAAGACUCAAAUCAUUAAUCAUUCUCAAAUUUCAAAUGGUUCAAUCAAUUCUAUCAUUGAAACUAUUCAAAGAUCUAAAAAUUAA